UAUCUUCUUCCUGGCGGAAUCUGUGGGGAAAGGAGACACCUUUCUUCUUUCUUGUUUAAAAGUUUCUUCGCGAUUUAAGUCGUGUUUGGUCUCUGCGAUUUUGAAGGGCCAUCUUAAGAUUAUAGAUAUUGUAGAUAAAAGCUUGAUUGGCAAUGGAAAUCUUACAAGCUAAAUGGGUAUCUGAAACGGGAUUCAUGGAGGAUUCUACUGGUAAUUUCUUCGAAUACCAAAUAAACCCAGCUGAGUACUCACUCGACGAACUCAACUUUCAAUCUUUCUCAUCGGAGAGCUACUCAUCUUACAACCAAAACAUGAGUGACAAUAAUGCUUCCCCUCUUGAAACUUACCAAACCGGCGCUGGCGGUGUAGUCGUCGACCAGAGGCCAGCAAAGCAGCUCAAAACCAACAGCUGGAACUCUUUCACUACCACUACUGAGUAUCAGCAAAACAACAUCAUCGUCCCCAAGGCUUCUUCUUCUUCCUGUUCACAGAUCAUCUCUUUCGAGAACUCCAACUCGUCUCUGGCGGCCAUUUCUCAGCACGGCAUGGAUCACCGCGGCGUGAAACCUAAAACUGAACUGGCCGGGGACAGCAAUGGCAACAUGAACGUGAGCUUUUCUUCUAUCAGAGCAAAUGGGUGCCUUGAGGAGCAAUUCCUUUCAACAAAAAAUGCGCAGGGAGCUGGGAAGAGAGUUGGCUUGGGGACUAGGAGUCCCCUGCAUGCUCAAGAUCAUGUUAUGGCAGAAAGAAACGAAGAGAAAAGCUUAGCCAGCGUUUUAUAGCUCUUUCA